AUGGCGAAGAGAAAGAGGGAAAAUGCCGGCCAGGUCAGUGCGGCGAAGGCGCUGAAGACGAGGAAAGCGGUCGACGAAGAUCCCGCCGCGCCCAAAAAAGCUGCAGUCGUCAAAGCUAAGGAAAGCGCGACUAAUGGCACGGUAAUAGCGAACAAGAGCAAGGCAGCUACAAGCUCUGCGCCGGCAGAAACAGGCUCGGAAACAGAGACGACGACUGUGCAAAUUAUCACUGGCUCAUAUGAACGCGUCUUGCAUGGAUUCGCUGCGACAAUACCGCGCAGCCUCACCACCGGCCAGCAGGAUGCCUCGAAAGAAGACGCCGAGAAGCCCAAGGUCGAUUUCACAGACACAUUCUUGUUUAACGCGCAUGCUUCCGCCAUCCGAUGCUUAGCUCUCUCUCCGUUGUCUGAAGAGACCUCGAAGGUUAUGCUGGCUACUGGCAGCACAGACGAGCGCAUCAACCUGUACUCGCUGUCCACUGCACCACCAGUCAUUUCAAAGUCGCAACCCAAGCUACCUUCACUUAAUGGCGCCUCCAUUACGGAAAAUCCCAAAAACAAGGAACUUGGCACUCUUCUCCAUCAUGCAUCCAACAUCACAGCCCUCCACUUCCCGUCACGAAUACUCUCAACCAUCAAGGCCCCCAUACCCAAGCCACAAGGAAGACCCAGUGGAGAUACAGCCGGACCAGGAGAAGUACCUUCAGGAGUCAAUGACUUUGCCGUGCACCCUACCGGCAAACUCAUGCUUUCGGUAGGAAAGGGCGAGAAAUGCAUGCGUCUCUGGAACAUGAUGACGGCGAAAAAGGCAGGCGUUCUCAACUUCGACAGGGAAAUCCUCACUGCGGUUGGCGAAGGACGCUUCGGAUCUGGAGAGGGUCGAAGAGUUGUUUGGGGCAAGGCAGGCGAAGCGUUCGCAGUGGCAUUCGAGCGCGGUAUUGUCGUGUUCAACAUCGACUCAAAACCUACGGCAAAAAUUGCUCCAACCCCGAGGACAAAGAUCCACCAGAUGCACUAUUUGCCGUCCGAAUCGCACCAGUCAAUCUUGUUAGUGUCGACAGAAGAUGGCCGUGUGCUGCUCUACGACACCACCGAUACAUCAACAGCGACGAAUGAAGGCACCACCGAGAAAGUGACCAAGGACGACAUUCCUCUCAGCAGACUAGUGGCACAAAUUGGAGGUCCCGGUGCUGGUAUCAGUGGCCGUGUCAAGGAUUUCGAGAUCCUCCCAAUCUCGGCGUCCACCUUUAUUGUGAUCACAGGUAGCAGCGAUGGUACGAUACGCACAUGGUCCCUGGACAUCAAGGACCUGGAAGUCGACGACAAGGCCGGAGAAGGUACGGGUUUCACUGCAAAGCAAGUUGGCAAGCUGCUCGGAACCUACACAACUGGCACCCGAGUUACGUGUUUGAAAGCUUUCAUUAUGACCGGAACACCAGACGCAGAAGAAGAUGAAGAGAUGCUGGACAAGGAGGAAGCGUCCAGCAGCGAUGACAGCGAAUGA